CAAUUGUUUGCUGCCAUCUACGACAUAUAAUUGCACAUGAAACAUGGCUGGCGAAGGAGAGAGCGUGACUGAUGUGGCACAAUCUGGACAAGGCUUGACAUUCACCCUUGAAGUCCUGAGCAUCAUCAAGGAAUCCCAGCUGCAGCAUGGGCUUCGACAUGGUGACUACCAGAGAUACAGGAGCUACUGUACCCGAAGACUGAGGAGGGUCAGAAAAUCGCUCAAGUUCUCGUACGGAAAUAGGAACAAAUUUGUUAAACGGCAGAUCAAGGAAGAAAUUGUUAAAGAUGUCAGGUUUCUGUACCUGCCCCUGGUCUGUGCCGAGAGGUCCUGGGCCUACGCUAUGCAGCUCAAGACGGAGGGAAACACAGAACCCAGGAAGCGCUUCCAUGUCAUGUCCAGGCUGAGGAAGGCAGUCAAAUUUGCUGCAGAGCUGGAGGCCCUCUCUCAGAGCGACAAGUGUGAUGCGAGAUCCAAGCUUGAAGCAAAGGCUUACUUUGGAUAUAUGAAAGGAAUGGUGCUAUUUGAGGAGGAGAAGUGGGAAAACUGCAUAGAGACACUAAGUGAAGCCAAGACCAUCUAUGAAAAAUUGGCAAGUGCCCUCAACGAAGAGCAGAGUGCGAUCUACCUUCAGCGUGUAGAGGAGAUCUCCCCCAGUAUACGUUACUGUGCGUACAACAUCGGAGAUGAGAGCGCAAUCAACGAUCUGGUAAAGAUGAGGCUCAAGUCAGGAGGUCAAAUGUCAACCAAUAUAGAUAGUCUUCUUGCCCAGACUAGAGAGAAACAAGCAGCGACCCUUAGCGAGGUCACCUGGAGAGGGCGCACUGUACCAGUUAGAAACGAGCAAGUCCGAGCAUUCCUUCUGACAUGCCAGGAGAACGAGCAACAGGUUUCAUCUGAGAUCACAGACUCCGAGAGCAAGGUGUCUGUCUAUGAGAGUCUUCUCAUGCAGUGCAAAGAUUCCCUGCAGAUUAUACGGGAAGAACUUAAAGCAGAUCCAAAUGCCAAAGCUAAAGGCCAGCGGCAGGACGGCCCUGUAUCCACCACCCAAUACCUGCAUACAUACCUCACGUACAUCCGCCUGACCAGGACGAUAGAACGUAACAUCCUGCUGGCGGAGACCCUCAAGGCUAACCUACAGACGAGGGAGGACGGAGGAGAGCAGGAGAGUGCCAAUCAGAAGCGGACCAAACCUCAAGAUCUGAUCAGGUUAUGUGAUAUUAUCUUACAGAAUCUCUCAGAAAUUCCCCAACUGCCUGGCUUAGAAGGUGAUGUAGAAUUGCAACAAGAAGUAGAAGCUAAAACAUUAAAAUUCAAGGCAUACAGGUGUUUCUACCUCGCCCAGUCUUACAGCCAAGCCAAGAAAUGGACGGAAGCAGCAGCGUUGUUUGAGCGGGCGAUGUCAAGAGCAGAGUCUUCCAGGAAAGAAUGGAAAGCUAUCAAAUCAAUAUCUGUCAAGGCGGAGUUGACUGAAUUGGAUGAGCUAAUACAACAAAUAAAUGGUGUCAAGUACUCUGCUCAUGCUGCUUCCAUAUUAGAUUCAUCCGAGGUCAACGAGAGCAUGGCCAAGCUCAACAUCACCGCAUCGUCAUCGUCCGACACCUCCAGACCGGUCAGCGAGCGUCUGGGCGACUACCGCCCGGCCUCCGAGGUGGACCCUACCAAGCCUAACCUUGUGGCCUUCCCGCCAGCCUUCAAACCUGUACCAUGCAAGCCUCUCUUCUUUGACAUUGCCCUCAACCAUCUAGAGUUCCCGUCGUUGGAGGAUAAACUCGAGACUAACAAGGCGGCCAACGCGAAGGGUGGUAUCGGAGGCUUCCUCUCGGGCUGGUGGGGUGGGGGUAAGAAAUGAGGUUAGAGAUAGGAAAAGAUAUAUGACAUUUUUUUGGUUAGGAGUAGAUUUUCAGGGUUUUGUCUUCAUUUCUUUUUAAUUCAAUUUUGAUGAUCCUUAUUAGUUCACUACUUGAAAUCUAGAUUAAAUCUAUAGAAAUGAAGAGAAGUAAGUUGUCCCUGGUGGGGAGUUAUCCUAGAUCUGGGCCCCGUUUCAUAAAACUUGUUAUCUAUAACAAGUGCUAAAUUUCUAUGACAAAUUUGCUCUCAGCCAAUCAGACGCCAUGAUUUCAGUAGCUUAUAACAGUAGCCCGAACUUGUUAUUGAUAUCAAGUUUUAUGAAACAGGGCUCAGCUUCACCAUACCUUAGGAUCAAGGAACUCUUGUAUAAGGAGACCAUCUCACACAUUUAGAUCAAAGAACAUUAUAGAAGAACAAAAUUCUCUUUGUUCAUUUACUUAUUUUGUCCUGUGGUGCUUACUUGUUUCUGUUCAAACGUUGCAUGUUAAUAAAGGAAUACCCUGUGAUGAAAAAAUUUGCAGUAUCUAUUCCAUUGUCAACAGAUUAUUCGGCUUGACAAUUUGACUUGUUCAAUCCAUAAAUCUACAAUUUCUUGCAGUUAAUUAAACUGCACCUAUACUUGUAUGUUAUAGUGGUUUAUUGCCAUGUGGUCUACUACCAGUUUGUCUACUAGUCUACUUCACAAUCAGUCUAUUCUUGUAUGGUCUACUAUCCAUAUGGUCUAAUAAUAAUUUUGUCUACUUAUCCUUUGGUUUAAUGACCAUUUAGGGUAAUAGUCAUUUUAUCUAAUUUCCAAUAAGUUUACUAUCCAUUUGGUCGUUUGCUCAUUUAGCCUAAUUUCCAGUCAGUCUAAUUCCUAUUUGGUUUACUAUCCAUAUGGUCUAAUGAUAGUAAUCAUCAAAUGAUUAGACCUAAGGGAUGGUAGACGAAACGGGCAUUAUACAAACUGGUAAUGAGACCAACUGGCUAUUAGACUUAAUGCACAAAAGACCAAAUGACUAUUGGCUUAAAUGGUAAUAAGACCAAAUGAUAUUAGACCAUGUGGAUGGAUAGUAGGGACUGGGUGCAGACCAUAUGGGAAUAGACCAAUUGGGUAGUAGACAAACUGGCUGUAGACCAAAUGGCAACUCACUGCUAUAGUUUGACCAUUCCAGUAUAAAAAAGGAGUAUACAUUAACAUUGUUACAUAGUCAGGCAUCUGUUAUCACUGUGCAUUAAACAAUCAACAACAAUUGCAUAUGGGGAUCUAUGAUUAAUUUUGAAGUCAUCUGAUUCAAGAAAUUUGUACAAAAUUUGACAAAAGAAAUUCAAUGUGUAGUUACAAAAUUCCUUUUUGGUUAACAUCUUGUAUUAUGCUCUUAAAUCAAGUGCAUGUAAUUUAUGUUGGAUAUGACAAGAGAAGUUUAUUACCAGUAAAUGGCUGUAUUUUUCAUUUCAAUACAACAAAAUAUUCUGCAGUCAUGACAAACUAGAAUUGGAUGUGUUUAUUAGAGCAUGAAAUAUUUGUUUUAAAAGGUUUUAACACAUUCCUUAAUUAUUUAAUCUUGAUUUUUUAGAAUUCACUGAUACUAUUAAAAGUAAUUAAUUUUUAAUUGUUAUAUCAUUUUUCAAUCUUAAUGUCUGUCUGAAUAGAAAUUCCAUGACUCUAGCAAAAGCAUUUUUUUUUUCUUUCUUUUCUUUUUCAUAAGAGUAAAAUGAAAUAAAAUGAAAAGGCGACUACCUGGAAUGCUCCCCAGGAAGUGGAGAAUGUGUACUAUAAUGUACUAAGAAUAGUAAUUGCAUCCAGUUAUCCGGUAAUGAUAAUACUGUAAGCGUCAGUCAAUGGUAAAGUGCUAUAUAAGAGACCGGUAUCAUUACUAUUUUUAUUAUUAUUAUUAUCAUCAUCAUAUUGAAGUUGACUGCUAAGCCUACAUUAGGCUUAAAACCAAUGCAGUAUUUUACUUGUGAUCAUAAGAAGAAGAGAUUAAUUGCACACGAUAUAUUAUCUUUUUCCUGCCUGUAAGAAGAUGCUUCGGUCAUAUACUGUUUGUACAUGUAUCGUAAAUGGCAGAAUUGGCUUCUUUUUUUUUCUCUUUACAUUUACAAUGUUGUACAAUGUACAUAUUCUUCCUGACAAAUAGUGCAGUUUGAAACUAAUAUUUCACCCAAAGCCGCCAACAACUUCAAAUAGUUUUGAACAUAUUUUGUUGCAUGUUUAUUUGUUAUUUCUUUUCUCUUUGUCUAUAGAUAUUUUAUGAUUUGUUAGGCAUAGAAAUCUUUCUCACAAGAGAAUAUGAAACUUUUAUUGGUUCAUUCUUAACUACGUGUACAUGUAAAGUGAUUGAUUUUAGUCAGAUACUGUCAAAUGCAAUUCUGUGACAGUAUGUUUUAAUGAAAUAUGUUCUCUUCUCUAUCUAUAUAUCAUGCCUAAUAAAUGUUCUUCAUUAUUCUCUAUUACAAAA